UGAUAGCAGCGCCCUUGAUAGGGUAGAAGACAGCUGUCGAAACUGAUUGAAACGUAAAUUUUUAGUGCUAAGUGUCAUUGUAUCUGUUUUACGUAUAUAUAUAUAUAUUUUUUUUUUCCUCCCUUAUAAAAACGUAGCCCUAAGGCUGAAAAUAUAUUACGGUUAUAAAAAUGAGAGAAGCAGGGAUAAUGUUAAUAAGUGCAGCAUUAACGUGCGCCGUAAUUGGCAAUGCCUAUUAUCAACGAAAACAAUUUUAUCCGACGGUAGUCCACAUAACCAAAUCAAAUCCGAGCAUGACUGUAAUCUAUGCUCAAACUUUGAUACUUGUUUUCAUGAUAAAUGCAUUCCUUAGAAAGUUAUUUUUUGGUACUUUGCGUGCUGCUGAACUUGAGCAUUUGGUAGAGAAAGUAUGGUAUGCAGUAACCGAGACUUGUUUAGCUUUUACAGUGUUUAGAGACGAUUUCAGUCCUAAAUUUAUAGCAUUAUUUACACUUUUAUUGUUCCUUAAAUCAUUUCAUUGGUUAGCCGAAGAUCGUGUUGAUUAUAUGGAAAGAAGUCCGGUGAUAACGUGGCUGUUUCAUCUUAGAGUUGUUACAUUAUUAGGACUUCUAUUUAUUAUUAAUUUAACGAUGAUUCAUUAUGCAUAUAAUACUACUGCUACUAAAGGUCCUUCGGUACAACUAGUCUUUGGAUUCGAAUAUGCAAUUUUGCUGACUGUUGUAAUAAAUAUUACGGUGAAAUAUGUGUUACACACAAUAGAUUUACAAAGUGAAAAUCCAUGGGAUAAUAAGCCAGUAUUUCUUUUAUAUACCGAUUUGGUUAUUGGUUUAUUAAAGGUCACCUUAUAUGUUGCUUUUGUAAGUUUAAUGAUUAAACUGUUUACUCUACCCUUAUUCGCACUUCGUCCUAUGUACUAUACAAUGCGAGAUUUCAAAAAGGCGUUCCAUGACAUUGUAAUGUCACGCAGAGCUAUUAGAAACAUGAAUACACUUUAUCCGGAUGCAACGCCCGAAGAAUUAGCAGCUGCUGAUAAUGUAUGCAUAAUAUGUCGAGAAGAGAUGGUAUCGGCAAGUAAAAAGUUGCCAUGUAAUCAUAUUUUUCAUACUGCGUGCCUUCGUUCUUGGUUUCAACGUCAACAAACUUGUCCAACGUGUCGCUUAAAUAUUUUGAGACCAACUACAAAUAAUACAGGUACAAGACAACAGAAUCCACAGCAAAAUCAACAAGCACCCCAACCUCCACCAGCACCAGUCUUAAAUCCACAAGGUCAGGGCUUCCAAUUACCAGGUUUUUGGGCUGGAUUGCAAGCUCCGGGUGUGAUGCCACAACCGCAAGGUCAAAAUAAUGCUGGAGCUGUUCCUUUGACGCCAUUUCAAAAUUUACCGACAGGAAGUGUACCAAUUUUUGCUCCUCCAUUUCCUCCUAUGGUACCAUUACCACCUAUUCCUACACCUCCACCAAAUUUAACGGAACUUACAGAAGAUGAACUCAGAGCAAUGGAGGGUAAUUUACGACAAGCGGUAGAAGCAAGAAUACAAACAUUACAGAGAGUACAGCUGUUGUUAGAUGCUGCUAAUGCUAUGAUGAAUCAAUAUCAAGCAGCAGCUGCUACUGCUAACAUCCCUAAACCUACAGCUCCAACUCCAGCUCCUGGUUCAGCUUCAGCUCAAACUGCAGCAACAACAUCAGCAGCGGAAGAAACUAAAGAUGUACCAAAAGAUACAGCUAAAAAGCAAGAAAAAGAUACAUGUCUGGCUAGUACAAGCGAAGGUGAAAGUUAUCAUACUGUAACAGAUACAGAUGCUGCUUCUGUUUCAAACAAGGUUAACGAAAAUAAUGUUAGUCCAUCAUGCACAAGUAACAAUGAAAUAACUUCAGAAUCAUCACCAAACAAUGAAACAGAACCAACGAGUGAUCGAGAAAUGUUAAGGAGACGUAGGCUACAGAAAUUUUUAGCUCCGACCUCAACAGAAUAAGUAGUUCUUAAGUUAUCUAACAAAUGAGUUUUUUUUCAUUAAUGUCCGUUCUCAAUUACAGAUAUGAUCAACGAUCAAAGGAAAUCUGUUGAACGAAUAUAGACUGCAACUAAGAAAUAAAUUAUUUAACAGUGGGUAAAAAUAAAUUUAGAAAAGAUUUUAUAAUUUUGCCAUUCCCUUUGAAGAAACGAUGAUGUACAAGUUAAAUUCAGUCAACAUGCUCUUGGAUAUUAAUAUACAUAUAUAUGUGUAUAUAUAUAUAUAUAUAUAUAUAUAUAUAUAUAUACAUACAUAAAUAUAUUAUAUGCAGUGAUCAUCUAAUUUUCUUUUGGAAUAAACUUUUUCUUUUAUAUAUAUAUUUUCUAUGUCAUUAUUAGGAUUAUACAUUUACACCAUACGUAUACUAAUAUAAUAGAAAUGUACAGACGUGAUCACUGCAACAGAAUUCUAAUAAUUUACUCGAUUUUAUUUAACAUACGUUUAUAGUGAAAUUGGACAAAUACUGAUCAAACUAUUAACAAUUAUUAUUUUUUUUUAUUCCUAUUCUAUCCGAUGUAAAUUCAUAUUGUAAACUUAAUGCAUUAUUUGGAGGUAUACAUUGUCCUAUUAAUUUAACUAUUUUAACAAUUUCCAAUCGAUGGAUGUAAAUAUAUGUAAAAAAAUUGAUAUUACUAUAAAUAUCGAUGUCUGCCUAAACGACGUUUAGAUCUGCGCAGUGCUUUAAGAUAUCUGAAUAAGCAUUAUUUCUUUAUUAAAUCUAACACGUAGAUAAUCUAAUAUUUGUACAAUGUGACAUAAUUACAUUUAUUGUGUAACGGACUAUGAUAUUUGUUUAGAAUUUUUUGUUUUACCAAUUGUCAUGAAUACAUUAAAAGUAUUACUGUACGUUACUUUAGCAACUAGAGAUUAACAAUAAGUAAUAAUCAAUAUAUUAAAAUAUAAAA